AUGUCGAUCAAAGAGAACCUGGAUCUAAAAGUUGUCGACAAAUUGGGUGACGUCGUACUUGAAGCUGGGUGUUUGCUAUGGGAUGCACUGUCGACUGGCGCAGAUGGACACCAAUCUUCCGAAACUGUCCAAGAGCUGCAACAAAAGGCCCCUUUACGCAUCCUGGUGUCAUCUAAGGUGCUGACUAUAGGCUCACCAGUUUUCGAGAAGAUGUUGCAUGGACGCUUUGCUGAAGGACAGCAUCACUUCAACCAGGAGAAUCCGCCAACAGUGUCUCUGCCGGAGGAUGAUCCUCAGGCAACACUGCUCUUCUGCGAGAUCAUCCAUUGCAGCCGCGGCGUGCACCACUUUAAGGGCUACAAGGCUCUUCAUGAACUUGGUAUCUUCGCAGAAAAGUACAUGUGUACCAACGCUCUUCGCUCUUGGUUUCGCAGCCAGCUGUCGAGAUUUGGCCGCGACGACAAUGACUGUUUCGACACAGAGUCUCUUCUGAAAGGAGAUAUAAGUGUACCGCAAAUGCUCAAGUUGUGCUAUGUCAUCAAUGAUGCCGAUCUGUUUGCGCUCGCAUCCAAGACGUUCUACACCCACAUUAACCCAGCAGAGAUCCAUUCCAAGCUCGAGGAAGUGUAUGAGGAUGAAGUGCCUGCACGUCUGAUUGAACUCCUGUGCGCUUUUGGAAAGCGCUACAUCAAUGACCUUGCUGAGGUCGGCCCAGCACUGCUUGCAUUUUUGUGUCAGGAGCCUACGUGGUAUGGCUAUUUCGCCCCGAUCCCCACGGAGCCAGAUCCCAGUGAUCCUAACUCCAACGAUUCUAACCCCUCGGAAAACGGAUUUUGCUUUGGGGAGACCAUAAGGAUCGGGAUCGUCAGCGCUACACUCGUAUCUCUGUCGCUCCUGCCUUGCAGCGACCCUGAGGUCAAUUCCAGACGAUCACCAGGUGCCAUGCUACGCAAACUCCAGCGCGUGCGCGAACUUGACUUCCGCGACGAAAAGCUGAACUGCCCAAAAGAGCUUCACUGUCAACGCAUUCCGGAUCCCUACCUUGUAGAGCUAUUCGACAAGGAGAUCAAGGCAGCAAACCAGAGGGCGCGUGGCAUUUGCCUAGGGUGUGCAAAGGACGAGACCGUGUCCGUGUCCGACAUCGACAUCCUUCAAGACUCAGAUCCAUGCUGUGAGAGGCAUGCCUCAUGGUGCGAGUAA